GGCCCAGCCUAGACCAGAUGCACGGCACCCCUGUUACCCUCCAAAGGAUGAAAAUUUCAUCAUCCUACCGUGCACCCUUGGCCAAAUACUUUGGGUUUUGGAGGACCCAUCCUCGCAAAUUGAGAACUAGAAGCCCCCAAUCUCCGGGCGGGAGACUUUCACCGGCGAACGAAGAGCUGAGGAAACGCCGUCCGCCAUGGUCAGGCGAGGAAGCAGAAGAAUGAUGAAAGAAUAAAAGAAGUAUCAAGAAAAAGAACUGACUAACCUGCAACAAGCUAAAAGGUUCAUUUUUUGUAAUGGCAACGAAGAUGUCUUUGUUACCCAAGUUUGCAAGGAAUACCAAACUUCUGUCUCCAAUUUGCUUAAGAUCAAGAUUUCUAGUUGUCACGGGCCUUCACAGGAAUGCCUUUUCUUUCAGUUGGGAACUCUACCCUCAGCUUGUUUUUCGUGCCACUUCAUCGUCUUCAGUCUACAGUUCCAAGAGGGUGGUCUGGGCAGUUAGGAGCAGUAUGGGUGGUGGUGGUGGCAGAUUGGAACCUCCUUCCGAAAGUAGCAGCAAUGGUGGAACCCGACUAGUUAGAGCAAUUCAAGAUUUCCGAAUCAAAUUAAAUGCAAGAAUUCAGGAAUUGAAGCGAGGAUUUCCAGUGAAGGUACUAUUUUUCUUGGUGGGCUUCUAUUGUGCAACUGCCUUUGCCACUGUCAUAGGGCAAACAGGUGAUUGGGACAUUCUAUCUGCUGGCUUGGCAGUGGUUGUUGUGGAGGGGAUUGGGGCCCUCAUGUAUAGGUCUUCGUUUCCUUUCCUUGAAAAGAUUAGGAGCCUGGUCACUAUGUUUAAUUAUUGGAAGGCUGGGCUUUCCUUGGGUCUUUUCUUGGAUGCAUUUAAAUAUGAAAUGGAUAACAUUCUCGAGCAAUGUAAUCCCUUCAAUUUUGAUAUAGAUGUGUUUUCCAUAUUCCUCUAACAA